CGGCAGCAGCUCUGUCAUUUCUGACUUGGGACAAAGAGUGCUCAGUUGCACCAAUUUUCUGUGAUUUGUAUAAAGCUGCAGUCUGCAUUAGUUCAUGAACUUAACUGAAGCUCAAGGCAUGUUGUUUCUUGAAAGUAUUUUUUGUUUAAAUUUUUUGGCAGCAGGGAGUUGCCAUAACAUGAUUUUUGUGUGUUUGCCAUUAACUAUGUCACUGGAGUGUCAUGUGUGAUAACUGAAGUGACUGCAUAGUUUCAGGCCAGGCACAGUAAGACUGUUGGAGCAUACAUGUGGUCUUGAAAAAUGUCAUCUAUGCAAAGAGCCAAGCAAUGGGCUACCUUUUCUCGCAUCUGGCACAUAUAUGAUGCAAAGUGGCAGAACCCUUUUGAAUCAGCCAAGCUAAUUGCAGCAUAUUUGAAGGGGCAGCACAAACCAAUAUAUCACCCCUUGAGCGACUGCGGCGACCACGUGGUGGUGACAAACUGUCGGGAAAUCGCCCUUCCCGGGCCCGAAUGGUACCAGCGGGUCUUCUUCCACCACACAGGCUACCCUAAGGGCGGCGCCACCUGGACGCUGGCCUGGGAGCUGCACCGGAAGAACCCGACCAUGAUUAUGCAGCGGGCGGUGCACCGGGCGGUGGGCGGCACGCUGCUGCGCAAGCCCCUGAUGGCGCGCCUCCACCUCGUGGCCGACGCCGAGGUGCCCGCCGAGCUGCUGCGUCACGUGACCAGCCAGAUGACGCAGCUGCGGCCGCAGCCGCGCCGGCUCGACUCCUACACCGAGCAGGAGGUGCGCGACUUCCCCAAGGUGUUCGAUUAUCCGGCUGAUUAUGUGGUGAGAUAGGUCACUGAGUGGAGCGGGCGAGCGCUGACUGGGACUGCGGGGCGGUCGGUCGAGCUGGUCGCUGGCUGGUGGGGUGGGAGCGAGCGCGUGCUGUCGUGUGCGUGCAGUGGUGAGAGCGUGUUGUGACUCAUUGGGAAUACAAGUGGAGAUUGAUAC